AUGGACGACGACGGGGAAGAAUAUGAUUAUGACACGGCACCUGAAAGUAAUAAGAAGUACACCAUAUUUUGGAUCGAUGGGGGAGCUAAUAUGUUCGAAGGAGGAGAUGAUUGCGACUUCAGAAGAGCGAUUAAGGCUGUCUUCAAUCAGCUGCUAAAAAUAGGCUGCUCUGGCUCACGCACGCAUCGUUAUGGACUUUUCAUUGCGAAUACGGCUAAAUCUGAAACAAAAUCUGCUGGUGCUGUGAAACACUGUGUAGAGUGGUUUGACCUAAAAGUGCGAACAGACUAUGAAUCAGGCGAGGACCAGCGACGUGUAUGCAUACUGAAGGAGUUUGUUGAUGAAGGUUUGCCGAAGUAUUCCAUAAUUUUAUCUCUAGUAUAAAA